CGCUUUCAUUAAGUCACUACACACUACCUUCAGGACGAUGCUUGCUUCAGUAUUGCUUGCCCUUCUGGGCUUAGGGAGCAGUGGCGUUGUUAAUGGUCAGGAUAUCAAUAUAACAGCAUACAAAGCCAGAACCUUCAGCUUGUUUGCCCUGCCCAAAGUGUUUGGAGAUACAUCAACGGAUGCAGCUUAUAAUGAAACGCUUGAGUUCUAUAAAGCUGGAUGUGUGGAGUGUGUCGGCCGUCACAGCACGACAUACGCUCACCCGAAUGCCUGCAACAUGUACAUGCAGUGCGUCAGCUUCCCCAACCAAGUCUUCAUCUACGGCCAUACCUGUGGACUUGGCCAGGUAUACGACGAGUCACAGAGCAUCUGUGUUGAACAAUACAACAGAGAGGCCUGCAGCAGAGUGGGACAUCCUUGUGACCUGGGACAGAGAAUACCAACGGACACCGUGAGUUGCGGGCCCUACCAGGUGUGUCGGGACAACCUAUACGAGACUGAGUUCUGUCCUUCCGGCUUCGGUUUCAACCUGUUUUCAGGGGAAUGUGAUAUCCAGUGCCCUCCGGUACUAGACCGACAGCUGUUGAAUGAGACAUGCUCUGCCGUGGACGACGACAAGUACUAUCGCUCCAUACAGUGGGUGAGAGUCACGAGCGUUGAUGGGAGUCAGGUAGAGAAACCCGAGGACUAUACCAUUCCCUGCUCUGCCUCCCUCCGCCAUAUUGAACCUACCAAGUGUGGAUGUGACCUCUACAAUGUAUCCUUUGAGUGUGAGGACAUAACAUCAGUGCACCUCUCUGCCUCCGACAACUCCUGGAACCUAGCCAGAAACAAGAACGCCAUCGGCCUCUCCAGCUCCAUCCAGGGCAACGGCACCGUCGCCAACAGCAGCAGCGACUUCCCAGGGUCAGCCUACUUCAUGGGUCGUCGUACCUUCGCUGCCCCUGGUCUCACUGGAAAUGACCUUGGCCUCAGGUUCUCCUUCACGUUUAACUUCCUGUAUAUCCAGGAUCCCAACAACGACCAAAGCAACUCUCAAGACUACGCUCUUGCCGAUAACAGCAUUUGUGACAUUGAGCCAACCUAUGGGUGUAAGAUGAGGAUGACAAGCCAGAACAGAGCUCGCGUGAUCUGCUACGUCAAGCCCCAGAACCAGACGGAUCUCCAUGUGGAAGUAGAGAGCGAGGAAGUGGACUUGACCGGAAGGGUCACUGUGUACUUUGCCAAGGACGAUGACAAGGGAGUUCUGACGGUAACUGAUAGAAGCGGAUCUGAGAAAACUGCCACCACUGAUUUCCCCCCAGGUGUUCGUGCUGCUGGCAACUCCUGCCCUUUGAGUAUUGCUGCUGGCACAAAUAAGAAAUAUUUCUCCGGUUACAUGGAUGAUAUGUUCUUGAUCAAGCACUGUUACUCGUUCCUGUGAGAGUGUGAUCAGACAAUUUGCAGCUAACAUCCUGUCAAGCAGCCAGUGCGGCCAGCGACACACGGCGCACACUGGCGAACACUGACCAUUCUACUGUUGACAAACAGCCAGUCGCCGUUGUUAUAGUGUCCGAAUCUGUCCGAUGUAUCUAAAGGAAAUCGUGUGUCACAGCUGUGUUAUCGUUCUACACGUUAUUGAUCAAUGUAAACACAUAUAUGUUAAACUGGAAUUAAAUAAACAUCUGCAUGUGUUCACUUGGAA